AUGUAAAUGCAGAUUCCAAAAGACAUAGUAAGGCUUCAAUUUGAUUAUCAAAGUUUAAUUAGUAGAUAUUAAGGAUUAGAAUAAGUAUGCAAAAAAUAAGCAAAUGAAUUAGCCUAAUUAAAAAAGAUAAAUGAAGAAGUAAAAAGUAAUGCUGAAAAUUAAGAAUGUGGCAAAUGUAAAAAAUUGUAGGUGCAAAUUGAUUAAUAAAAAUAACAUAACAAAGAAUCAAACCUAGAAAUUGAAUCAUUAUAAAACUCUUUGAAUUUAAAGAAAAUAUAAUUUGAUGAAUUUCGAGAAUAGGUCUAAAAUGAAAUGGAAAAUAGGAUAAAGUAAUUUGAAAAUUUAAAUUAAGUGACUCUUGAACGGUUAGAUAGAGUUUAGAAAGAUAAUUCUCUUUUUGAAAUUUUAUUAAGAGAAAGAGACUUAAGAAUCGAAUAAUUAAAUUAAAUUAUAUAUAAUUAAGAAUAACAACUACAGUAAGAGAGUUAAGAAGAUAAUACUUGGAAAAAGAAGUUUAUUAAAAUAAAUAAAGAUUAUCAUAAACUUUUAUCAGAAUACAAUUCUGUAAAAGCUGAUUUGGAUGCUAUGUAUGUAAGCUAAUGUAAAUGA